AUGGAGAAAACAGAGGAUAGUGUCGGAAUCAGAGUUUACACGGCGACUCCGCCGCAAAAACCAUCACCACCCCCACAAUCUCGCUCACCAAAGCCCUUCUUGAUCUCUUCACUGCCUACACUUCCGAAGGGAGCCGCCGCGGGAGGAGGAAGAGGUCGAAAACGUCGCAUGGUGGCGCAAGGAGUUCAAAAGACGGUUUCGAAGACAUCAAUGCUCGUCAACUUCCUUCCGACAGGAACUCUCUUGAUGUUCGAAAUGGUUCUCCCGUCGAUCUACCGUGACGGAGACUGUAACGGAAUCAACACGCUCAUGAUUCAUCUUCUCUUGCUUCUUUGCGCGAUGUCUUGCUUCUUCUUCCACUUCACCGAUAGUUUCAAAGCCGCCGACGGUAAAAUCUAUUACGGUUUCGUGACGCCAAGUGGACUUGCUGUGUUCAUGAAACCGCCGCCACCGGAGGAGUUGGGAGUCGGAGAUGUGAUCGCGGAUGCGGCGAUUCCGGUGACGGACGAGAGAUACAAGUUGACGGUUAACGACUUUGUUCAUGCGGUGAUGAGCGUUUUGGUGUUUAUGGCGAUUGCGUUCUCGGAUCGGAGAAUCACGGGGUGUUUGUUUCCAGGGAAAGAGAAAGAGAUUGAUCAAGUUAUGGAGAGUUUUCCGAUAAUGGUCGGAAUUGUUUGCAGUGCUCUGUUUCUUGUUUUUCCGACCAGUCGAUAUGGUGUUGGAUGCAUGUCUGCUUGA